ACUUCAGUCAGCGCAGUCGGGCUGCGACCAUCAUGGACCGCAGUUAGUUCGUCGCGUUGCUUAUGUUUACACUAGGUACCACAAUUCAUUCUAAAUUAGAUCAUUUUAUAUGUACUUUAAUUUAAAAAUCUUUUCACGAUAAAGUGUGUGUUAAAUAAAAGUUAUAAAAUAAUUUAUCGGGAACAUGGCUGUGAAAAAGUGUUGUUGUGUUAAACUGUCGCCUAACAAAAAAUCGAUUUUUGGAUUCACAAUGAAGAACCAAAUUCUGUAUUUACUGUUGAUAUCGAGUUUUUUGGCGGUAUCCCUUGCUACGGACACGGAGGUUUCGUGUACUAAUGUUAAAAACAUCUUCGAAAGGAAAGGAAUGUUGUCGUCGGUGGACAUACAAGAGCAGCCGAACUCAGACGCCGACGGGCUAUGCCUGCACGGCGGGUGCUGCGGCGCGGGCGCACGUGUGCGACUCACGCAACAAGCGCGCACGCAGCUCGAAGGUGCGCUGCGCAGCGAGCUGUCAAAACUCGCCGACAUAUUGGCGAAUAGAGCGAAAAAGUUUGACGAAUUCUUCCGAAAACUGCUGCAACUCUCCAGAGAAGAGUUCCACGCCAUGUUCAAGCGAACAUACGGCAUGAUCUACGAACAACAUUCCUAUGUCUUCGAACAGCUGUUUGAACAACUCGAGAGGUACUACACGCGCGGCGACACCGACUUCGACCAGAUGAUGGACGGUUUCUUCGGAAUCCUCUACCAGAAGAUGUUCACCGUCCUUAACUCGCAGUACAGCUUCGAUGAGAAGUACCUGAAGUGCGUAAACGAGCACAUGCGCGACAUCCAGCCUUUCGAGGACGUGCCACACAAGCUGUCGGUGCAGCUACGACGGGCAUUCGUCGCCACGCGCACUUUCCACAAAGCGUUGCGCGCCGGCGCUGAUGUCGUCCGGAAUAUGAUGCAGGUGGGAGUGACCCAAGAGUGCGUGACAUCAUGGGCUCGGCUGCGAUUCUGCGGCACAUGCGCGGGCCAGCAACCGCCCGCCUGCAGCCGCUACUGCCACAACGUCAUCCGAGGAUGCCUGCCCAGCCACGCUGACUUGGGCGAGCAGUGGGACGCGUAUGUUGACGCCGUAGAAAAGGUGGCAGACCGUCUUCUCGGGCCGUUCAACAUCGCGAUGGUGGUCGAGCCCAUCGACAUCAAGAUCUCAGAAGCCAUCAUGAGUUUCCAAGAACACAACCAGGAGAUUUCGCAGAAAAUCUUCGCUGGCUGCGGCAAGCCGGUGUUAGGCGGCGGUGGAGGCGCCGGACCCUUCUUCUCGCCAGACAGACAGAAGCGGUCCGUCAAGCCUCUACCAGACUUCGACUGGAGUCAAAAAGCAAAUGAUAUGGACGAUUUCGUCAUCGAAACGUCUUAUGAGAAUAUCAUCGACGAUCUGCGCACUCCUGAAGGCAUCAGAAGAGCGACAGUAGAAAUGCAAGAGCAGGCGAAGUUGAGGGAAAGAUUCCUCCAGUACAUGAGAGGGAAGAUUAAUUUGGAAGAAUAUGAGGAGCAUGAGAGGAGGAAGAGAGAUGCGGAUCCUGAGCCGGCGGCUGCGGGAGGGGAGAUCGACUUCAGGGCGUACGAGUUUGAUGGCAAGAGAGGAGGCGCGAAGAAGAAGAAGCCGGCGGCAAAGACUGACGAUGGGCAUGGAGCAGAAUGGGGCGGUCCGGCAUUGGAGCGUCUGGUCCGCGAGACUCGGGCGCGCCUGCGCAGCUCGCGUCGCUACUGGAGCCAUCUACCGCCGCUGCUGUGCACUACUACCAGUGUAACCACGUCACCCUGCUUCAACGGCACGCAUGUGGCUAGUUACCUCCCCGGGCCGGCGGGCGAGGGCAGCGCGGCGCUGGCGUCCAACCCUGAGGUGCGCAGCGCAGCGGUUUCGGCGGGGGGAGCGGGAGGCGCGGCGCGAGGGCAGCAGGACGCCCUGAGGAUGCUGACGGCGCGGCUGAAGGACGCCUACAACGGGGUCGAGGUGCAGUGGAAGGACGCUGAUGACCUGCACGUGGCGUCGUCGUCCUUAGACUUCGUGGGCAGUGACGGAUCCGGGUCCGGAUCUGGAGACGACACUGACGACACCGAAGACCUGCCUGAUGAUGACGAGGACAGGACUGACUACCCUGAAGGAUCCGGCGCUAUUCCACCUGAAGUCGAGGAAACAGACGACACAGAAACAGAAAACAGGAACAUUCCUCAAUCACCAGUAUCUGAAGACCCGUUCGUGCCGGGCAUCAUUGACACCCCUGGUACCAACAACGUUCGCGUUAGAGGCCGCAUGGGCGACGCUUCCCCUGAACCAGCGGAGCCUGAACCCCCAGUAGACACCAUCAGUAACGUCAACGCAGGUCAAGAAGCGCCGGUCAGGGAGCCCCCGGCGUCGUCUGCAGAACGGCCUUCCCUCCAAAAGGCACUCUUCACGUACGCUCUGCCAGUAGUAUGCGCGUGGUUCGGCACAAUAGUCACGGAUUUGUUUUAAUUCGAUUCCCGGGUUGAUUGGCAACGUUACUGGUGGUCUUUGGAUAGAACCGGUUGGAACUAGAUCCUUAUCCUAAAAAGGAAUCGUGUUCUGACUAGGAAAAUUAAAGAAAAGUCUUUAUAUUUGACGAUUGGAUACAUACGAAAUGCAUUACUUAGUAUGCUUUGAACGGGAAAUUUCAUGCGAACUUGUUUAGUAAGUUCAUGAACAUAGGUUCUAUACCAGUGGAAGUUAAUAUUAAACAAGUAACGUUGCCAAACAAUGUUAGGAAGUACUUGGGAUGUUAGAUAGCCUAGUCAGUGAAGCGACGGCCGAUACAGCGCGCUACUGUGAUAUAGAGUGGACACUGCGACGGACAAACAAACUGUAAACAAAUUACACAACAGUGACUCGUGUAGUGAAUUAUUUAUUUUUUAAAUUUUCUCGGUUACACGCCUUUGCAUUCGGGAGUGAACGACAAUAACGCAGAUUUUUUUAUUCGGCAAUGGAUUUAGGACUUUUGUAAUAGAGAAAAAAAACAGCCAAAUUUUUGUAUUUAUUUAAAUUUAAUGAUCUUAUUUUGUAAAUAAAAAAUGUAAAUUAUAAACUAGAUAGUGAAUGUAUGUUUUUAUCCGCGGAUACCUUGUAUGUAUGGUAUAAUUUCUUUGCGUUCGCGCCAUUUUAUAUUUUUUAGGUUUUAAAAACUAUAACACCUUGAAAAAAGCAUUGGAAAAAUGUAAAUAUUCGAUAUUUUCGGCGCGAAACCCGCAAUAUAAUAAGAGGAAAUGUUAAAAUGUAAAUAAAAUCUAGUAAUAAUUUCUAAACGUAAGUUAAGAGACUGAUUUGCUUUCGAUAUUUUUUUUAACAUUAAAAAUCAUUUUGACUAAGAUAUCGACUAAUUUUAACCGACUGAUGUAACAAUUAGUUUUAUUUUUUAUUUAUAAUGUACUUUUCAUUUAUUUUGGCUUCAGCUUUACUUUUUGCUAGUGAUUUUUUUAAAUAAUUUGCAAUGCAUUUGUACAAUACAUUGCAUAGAAAAGGUGUCAUUUAUAAAUAGUAAUUAAAAAGCACCAGUGUAUACUACUUACGCCGUACGCCAUAUUGAUAUCAAAUCAGAUAUUUAAGUCAGACGCACAAUGUUUAAAAUGCAUUUUCUUAAUGAAGUUGCAGCUAGGAAAAAUACUUAUACUUAUUUUAGAUAGUUUUGAUGGACCCCGUAGGAAAUGCACGGUGUGGUUUUAUCUUUUGUACGAACUGAUAUUACUUAAAAUUGUAUACGUAAUUGGUUACUAUCUUAAGGGGAACAUAACAUUGUUAUUAGCGUUGAAAACCUUUUAAUAAUUUACUAUAGAACAUAUAACUGCAAUAGGUUUUGCUCGAACAUUUUUUCGAAUCGCCGUCGUUGGUAGGUAUAUUUUGUGUUAAUUUUCUAUUAUUUCCUUAUAAGGAAUAAUGUGGCAAUUGUUUACAAUUCCAUCGAUUUUUAUGCUUGGUACGAUGGCGAUUCGUGCUAAUACGGAAUACAUUUCCAAUGGAAAUGUUGCAAACGCCAAUGCGCAUAUUCGCAAUGUGGAAAUGUUGCAAGUCGCAGACCCGUAGACCGAUAUAAAAGUACUCUCAAAUCUUAAUCACUUGUAUAAAGCGACAAGGACUUUUUGGCACGUGGCCAUCUGCUUGAGUACAUACUUACAAAGUAGGUAAAUAGUAGCAGGGGCCGAUGAGACGCGGCCUUAACACCGCCUUCUAUGAAAAUGUCAUCUUUGACAGCUGUUGUUGUAAAUUAUACCAUGAAGAACAGCUUCCUGUCAAAGUCAUGCACGUGCCACAAGGUCCUUGGUGAGCUGUAGGUUAGACUACCAUUCGUGCAAGUUGCGGGACCAAAAAUGUUGAUAUCAAAUGUAUCGUGCCAUCUACUUAGACUAAUUUACUUCUGCGAUCAACUUGCACCUGGUUUUGGGAGCACCCAACUUUGGAAUUCUACGAUGUUAUCCAAUCAAUUGUGUUAAAGGUUAGAAUUGGUCGUGAAAAGUUUCAAUGUGAAAAUGUAAUUUAAGUUUUAUUUUUGGUUGUAUACAUAAUUUUGUCUGCAAGUGUACACGUACAAAAAUGUAUUCGAGAAAUUUUAUUCAAGAAAUCCCCUAAUAUUUUUAGGAAAAAUAUUUUUAUAAGUACCUAAUAGAUCAGAAUUUGUUAAGAUUACGCGUAACAUUUAUUUUCAAAAUGGCUGCGUUAUUUUUGCAUUGAAGCUUACCACGAGAUUGUAAAUAACACGUUUGAGUUAAGUAACGAAAUAAUAUUAUAAAUAAAAGAUCUAAAUUAGUAUGGAUGUUGCUAGACAUAGUUUUAUACAGUUUCAUACGACGUGUAACAGGGUACAGGAAUACUGCCUAAUGGUUUUGCGGCGCGAUGUGUGUGAUGAAAAACUUUAUUAUUCAAAUAUGUAAUUGCGUAUUUUCUAUAUUAUUUCAAAUUCCGGACUAACUAAACGUUCUACGGAAAUACGUAUGAUUGAAGAACAAUAAUUUGAUGUUUCAAGUACGCUUGGCCCCACUGGUGUACAGUCAUGAGCAAUAUAAUGUACCCACUUUAGGACUCUGUCGCACUAACAUAUUUGACAUUUAGUGAGACUUACGGUUCAAUUUGUCAAAAAAGUUAAUGUGACAUGGUACCAAAGUGUAUACAUAUUAAUGCUCGUGACCGUACAGUAUCCCUCAGUGGUGCACAAACAGUAGGGGCAACGGGAACAGAAGCCCGUGACUUUCGAAACGCCUCCUCGCCCGCGCGCUGUGAAUGCAUUCGCGCGUUUCUAUACUAACUAGAACAGUUUGAUUAUUCCGCCUCAACCUUAGCAUAUGUGGUUGAAUAUUUAAUAGUUAAAAUGUAUUUUUCACAUACACCGUCCUACAAAACCCAUACAUAGAACAGCACAUAGGGAAUUAAUUAAUAGUCACACGUUUUGGGGAUGUCUAGUCAGGUGGUUUACUUACGGUGCUGGGCCCAGCAUAAUAUGUGGAUGAUCCUGCCGUGUGGCUGAGACGGGUCUGACUCGUGGACUAGUGGAACUUGAUCGGAACUCUUCGCAAACAGAUUUUGUAAUAUAAAAUAUAGGUACAGUCAUGAUCAAUAUUGAGUGUAUAUUUUGGAACCAUUUCGCAUUGUUUCAUCAUCGCAUUGUAUGUCGCACUAAAUAUCAAACAUGAUAUAUUUCAUAUAUAAUGAGAUUGUGUUUCAAUUUUGUCAAAAUGCGUUCAAUUCUAAGUAUAUAUUUUUUUUUUUUGUCGUGAGUGUACCUUAGGAAUUAAUAGCGUUUUCGAGAGAUAUAAUUUGAUAUGUAACAUUUCGUAACUAAUGUUCAGACACUAAAUUAUACUUUGGUAAAUUAGAAAUCGUUGCUGUAAAUUAUUUGUAAAGCACUCGUUACAGACUGUUACAUUUGCCUACACAUUGUAAACCCUCGCAAUAUUGGAGCAAGAAGAAAUACACUCUUAUCUGGUCAAUUUUGUAUCAAGUUUCACUUAUCCAGCAGUUGAGACAUCGUAAUGGAUUUUAUAUAUAAACAAACAUUAUUACAUUAGGUAUUAAAUGUGUACAUAAAUAAAACGAUAACAUGUGUAUA